AUGGUCGCGAGUGAACGACUACAGUUGAAGGGAGCGAUAGCUUCGCAACGCCAAGCGUGCCAACAAGCGCGCUCCUCGUCGCCGUCAACAGCGCAACGCCAAGCGUGCCAACAAGAGCGCUACUUACAGUCGCCAGCAGAGCCCCACUUACAAGGGCAUUACUCAUCGGCGUUAACCGAGCGCCUCUCAUCGGCGCCGCCAACAGCGCAACACCAAGCGCACCCGCAAGAGCGCUACCCGUCGUCGUCAUUAGCGCCACGUCAAGAGCGCUAUCCGGCGCCGCCAACAGCGCAACACCAAGCGCACCCGCAAGAGCGCUACCCGUCGCCGUCAGCAGCGCACGACAGGCGUACCGAGGGUAGCAGCGCGCCAUUCAACGGCGUCAACAGAGCGCUGCCCACCAGAAUUGAAGCUACGCCACUACCGCCUAACGGGCCCAUAACGGGACAGGAAGCCGUUACCCAACCACUAAACUAA